UUUGUGCGUCAAGGAGGAAGUUUCGUAGCAAACAGCCGAAACAUGAGCAGUGACUCUGGUCGUCGCCUGGUCUCCGCUCGUCGCCGUGUCACAAGUGACUGAUGAAUCCAGAGCAGGAUGUCCGCCGACCUCACGCUACACUUCGACCCCCAGCAGCCGGCCAUGGAGCCGGGCGGCCUCUCCAUCGACCAGGGCGGAGAGUGGGACAUAAGCCUGUUUGAUGAGCUGGACAACCUGGGAGAUGCAGCUGAGCUGCUGGAGGCCCUCGAGAACGCCGGCUAUGCCAGUGCCGGUCCAGAUCUGGACUUCGACAUCGACAUUCCUCUGUGGAAUGAAGUGGACGCAAGCAGCACCUGCACAGAUGGUGAGGUGAGCGUGGACUCUCUGUCACCUGCCCACACUCUGAGCUCCGUCCCCUCUCCUGCCUCGGUGGAAGCCUUGUCCCCGUUCUCCUUACAGGAUGAGGCCCUGUCACCGCAGUCGCAGCCUUCCCCUGUUUCAGUCUGCUCAGAGUCCAGUGGCUUCUCUGAAGUCUCUAUUCCAGCCAAGAAAGCUGCAAAGAGGACCAGUCAGGCAUCACGAGCCAAACCAGCUCAGCCAAUCAAGAGGCCGAUUCAGAUCGGCCCGAAGGUUUCCAUCCAGCCCAAACCGCUGAUUACAGCUGUGCCUUUGGCUCAAGCGGCAGCGCCUUUGCAGGCCAAGACAAUCAUCAUCCAGCCUCUGCAGACCACCGUGCUGCCUGUGGUCAAAGCAGCUCCGGUCACCAUCCAACCAGCGCCCCCCCCAGGUCGUCCUAUCCUGCUGUCUCAGCCAAGCCAGUUACUGCAGAUCCAGACACCGCAGGCCGUCCCUGGCAACGUGGUCGCCAUGCCAACGCUCAGCCAGGACAAGCCUGUCCCCGUGGCGGCUCCACCGGUGGUUUCUGUGGCGCUCCGGGCACCUUCCUCGGAUGAUGAUUCAAAGUUGUCCCAGAGGCAGCAGCGCAUGAUAAAGAACCGCGAGUCGGCCUCCCUGUCUCGGAAAAAGAAGAAAGAGUACCUGCUCUCGCUGGAAGCUCGCCUGAAAGUGGCGCUGUCCGAGAACGAGGCGCUCAAGUGUGAGAACGGCAACCUGAAGAGACAGCUGGAGGGCCUGCUGAGCGAGAAUACGGUGCUGCAGGCGACAGCCCCCAAGAGGAGGGCGGUGUGCCUCCUGGUGGUCCUGGUGUUCCUGGUGCUGAACGUGGGACCAACGAGUCUGUUUCAGGGUGGCCCGGCCUCCAAGCUCGAGGUUGCGUCAGUGCAGCAGAGCGGCAGACACCUGUUGGGUUUCUCUCCUGAGGCUGAAGGACUCGAGCCCCCCGUCUUCAGCAGCCACUCUGAGAUGGCCGACAGCUCAGAGGAUAAGGCUCUGAUGGUGGUGAAGGAUCCUGCCUUUCUCAGACCACCUCCCCCCUGCCAGCCUCCUGUCAACAGGACCAAGUGCAUGGAGUUGGCCCAUGAGUUGAGAGGUUGGGUCCACCGCCACGAAGUGCAGCAGACCAAGUCCAGGCGCAUGAGUAACAGCAACCACAAACCCAGCAGGACCAUUCUGAAAACAGCGAAUAAGGAGGCUGACAGUGCCCAGAUUGUGACGGUCCAGUACACAGAAACGGCUGAGGAGAAGAAUCCCAGCAGCGAGCUGCAGGUUUACUACGCGCCUCGAAACACCUACAGUGACUUCUUCGACGAGCUCCAUCGUCGCGGCGACACUUUCUACGUCGUGUCUUUCCGCAGGGAUCAUCUUCUACUUCCUGCCACCAACCACAAUAAAGGGAGGCGACCCAAGAUGUCUGUGGUGCUGCCAGCCAUGAACAUAAACGAAAGCAUCAUACGGGACGAGUUUGAGGUGAUGAUGCAGAUCGACUGCGAGGUAACGGACACCAGGAUCCUCCACAUCAGGUCCUCCAGCAUCCCCCCUCUGCUCCGGGUUAACCACACGGACACGUUUUACCAGCACUCCCCGACCGACAGCAAGGCCGCUCCUCCCGUCGGCGUCCUGAUGGGCUCCGCUUAAGAUCAGCUGCGCUCUUUGUAACUCCUUAACAAAACCCACAACACAGAAUACAAGCUCACUUUUUUUGGUUUGUGACAAAUGUUUUAUAUGUGACCACUCACGCUGACUUCUUAUGAUUCCAAAUGAGCUCUGCAGAAACACGAACACAGGAGCAGCUGGACUGUCGGCCGCAUUCUUUAAAGAGGCUGAUGUCCGGCGGUGUGAUGUAAUGAGGUCCGAGCAGCUCCUUGUGUGGCAACGCUGACUUCUCCCUGUAGCCCCAGACGUCCCCCAUAAGGGUAAUUGUUUAGCGGCAGGGGGCAGAGCGUUGAACCCUGAGUCACCCCGUCAUAACACAAAUACUUGUGCCCCUAACAGCUCUCCUCCCCGACGAGCUGCAGAGCGUAGACAACAAACUCAGAUUGGCUUAGUGAAGACAUUAAAAACACGUUUGUGAGAAGCACCCCGGUUUCUGUUUGCAUCUCAGCUACUAAACUGUAGUCGCCCCGAGCUCUCUGUCCAUCUAAAUAAAGUGGGUUUUAUUAGCGCGAUAGCAAGAGAUGCCGGAUGAAUUACCUGCAGCACUCAGUAAACUCAGGAAGUCAGGUGAUCUGUGAAGCGAACCGCUGUGUUGUUGGCAGGUUUCGACUGAUUUCAGGAUUCCAGGCAACGCAUCAUGAAGAAUUUCAGUGCUGCUGUUGUUGUUGUUGGUCUUUGCACUGUUUCUCAGAUUCCUCCACGGAUGUGGACUGUACAUAUUUGUUUGUGUUAGUCUGCAGCAGGACACGUCUGUGGUUUGAUGCUGAGGAUCUUUCUCCGUCUCGUUUGCUUUGUGGGAACUUUUCAUUCUGACAACAGAAAACUCCGACUGACGUCAUUCAUGUAAAGAAACGGUGGAUACGAAGAGAAUUCAUGCUAAAUGUUCCUACCCGGAUUAGCCUGCUGGCAUUUUCUGCUUGGAGUUGUGAUCAUUUAUGAUUUUAGUACUAAUUUGUGUUUGCACUAUCAGUACAGAACCUGGAAAGCUCGGUUCUGGCUUUAAAUGCCUUAUAUUCACGUGUGUUUUCUCCACCUGUGAACGGGGUAAAUUUGAUAUUAAAUAAUAAAUUCUACAUUCUGUAUUAGUCGUAGUAAUCGAUUUCUUAUUUCUGGCCAGUCCUGUGUAUGCUGGUAAAAUGGCAUAUCCUUCUUUUAAAAUGCAUUUCUUUCGCUGCAGGGUUGUACAGAUGGUUAUGUUUUAGCUCAGCAGAUGCUCAUAAAAAAUGUUCAGAAACCUUGUGUUGUUUAAAGCCGGGCUUUCUCUCCUCUCCCCUUCUGGUUUUAGAAGUAUAUUUGAUUCACCACAAUGUUUUCACUGCCCUACUUAUGGACGGAGGACAAGAACAAUUAACGUCUCUGUUUUUUGUACUCCAUUAUGUGCACAAACCAAAAUAAACACUGGAUUUUGUCUUUUUGUCUAAGUA